CAGGAUAAGAGGGGAGGGGGGAUACAGAGCCCUGAGAGACAGGCCAUUUCUGGUUAUAAGCCUGUCCCAGCAGACUCUCACAGACCUCAAAGUCCAGCCCUCCAGGCUGUCACCCACAAAUCCUAACUCCUUUCCCAGGAGAAGCAGUUCAUCCUUCCUUCAUAAAACCCCAGGAGUGCUGAUCUGAACCCUCAGACUGAAAGCUACAUCUUACUCAGAACCCAGCCUUGCCCUUUCGGAAGAACUACACUGGGUCUAACCAAGGAGCCCAAGUUGGGCUUGCUUGGCGUCAUGUCUAAGUGUUCCUCACUGUUACUGCUGCCACUGCUCCUGGUUCUUUCUUUAUUCUUCACAGAAGGCUCUGGACAAACGAGAGCCAGGAAUUUGACUGAUCCCAAAUGUCCACCCCGGAACAAGAACUUUGCAGGAACAACAGGACACAUAUGCCAGAAGAGCUGUGAACGCCGUAGAUGCGCUAGAAGCAGGAACUGCCUAUGUGAUGGACACUGUGGAUUGAGCUGCAUUUCUCCAGGCUUGAGUUGUCCUUGGCCAGUGAAAAUUCAAAAUGCUGAGACACAACUGGCCGAGGAAUCUAAUAUGUUUGGGGACUUCAUGAAAGUGGUGUGUAAACCUGGAUUCAGAAUGGCUGAUGGGGAGGACAGAGCCAUGAGUCGCUGCCAAGGAGAUGGGAACUGGAGCUUCACUGCACCUUGUACAGAUGUUCUUGAUCUCUCAUAUUUUUGCAAACCUCCACCAAAGAUUGAAAAUGGAUUCCAUGAAGAUGGCCUUUUUACCAUAGGGAAGGAAGUGCGUUACUGGUGUGAUUAUGGAUACCGUCUAGAAGGGGCCAGCUCUCUCUUUUGCCAAGAGAACAAGGAAUGGUCACAUCCAGCUCCAACCUGUCACUCUGUUAACUGCUCCCGUCCCCCCAAUGUUGCUCAGGCAACCCUAGUUGCUGUGCAUCAGUCUGAAUAUCCGGUGGGAACCGUGAUCUAUUACUUGUGUAAAAAGGACUUCUUCUUGGAUGGCUCCAACAGAGUUGUCUGCCUGGAGAAUGGAAGCUGGUCCCAACUACCCUACUGUAGAGCUCGCUGUCACAUCACUGCCCAGAGGAGUCGGGUGGUCUACCAUGGGCGCAAGCUCUGGAUCAAUGAGAUUCCAGAUGGUUUGGUCCAUCAUGGUGAAAUUGUCAGAUUUUUUUGCCGUAGUCAAAACAAGACAUGUAGUUUUCAGGCAGAGAGCCGCUGUUUCGAUGGUGUCUUGCCAUUGCCUGACUGCUAUGAUGAGCCCACCUAUUUGCAAUAUCACUUUUUCCCCAAAAGAGUUGUGUCUGAAAUGCCAUCUUGUUGAACACCAUACAAGACAUCAAUUUCCCCUACAACAUGGCUCUUUCUCCUUGUUUUGGCUUAAAGGCAUCCUUGAGAUGCAAAAAAGACAUGUGGAAAAGAGAAGAAUCAAUACAAGGAAACAGAAAUCCACUACAUUUAAAAGAGAAGGAAGACCCAAGAAGUUAGAUGCUGUGGAUAAUACCCUAAAAAUCAACAGCUAGACAUUUUAUAUUGCUCUUUGGUGAGCACAGAGAUGGUUUGCAGGCCAUCCAAACUGAUACAUCAAUUUCCCCUUACAUCUAAUUUAUCUUACUUUUGGGGACCAUAUGGAUGGAUUGGUAAGUCAGCACCAAAAUAAUGAUCCCACCAGAGGCCUUUUUAAACAUGACAGCAGCUUUAUCUGAAGUCCACAAAGUGUAACGAUGCCUAGUGACUUUUUAUAAUGCAAGUAAAGCACUGAGUGAACUUCUGCAUACGUAUAAAGUUAACUGCAGUCAUCUGAAAAAGUAGCCCUAGAAGGACAGAUCUGUACUGUUACUUGUCCAGAUGAAACUGCUUAGCCUAGAAAAGCAAUAGCCUUCUCAGCUUUGUGAGCAUGUGAAGUGAAGGCAGAAUAAAUCUGAAUCAUUAACUUUCUGCUGUGCAAGUCAUAAUUUUUGGAGUACAUUAGCAAUUUUGAUACUUAGAAAAAAAUUCCUCAUGGAUAAAAGAGAUUGUACCAAAGGAAAUGAAGAAGAAAAAAGAAAAAGAAUUCAAGGUUACGGUCCUUUUGGGGAGUAAACCCAAUGGAACUUGGUGAGAGAUUUGCUUUGUGGCAAUUAUAUAUAAGAUUUUUUUUUGUGCAGCAGGUGAAACAAUUGAUUGUGACCUCUGGUUGGUUUUGCUACUGCAAACAAAGCUGAUAUCAGUAUUAAAACUGGGAAGGCACAACAUUUGCAACAGGUUGCGCUGUUGGCAUGUGCAUGAUCUGCUAAAGGUAUGAACAUUAAAAUAAAGCAGAAGAGAAAUAAGGAUGAGAUGAGAACAGAUUUAUAGCAGAUAACCUUGGGCAUUUGUGUAAAUUGACUUGUACAUAAUAAACUGCACUUGUUAUAUAAAAUUGUGAUCCAAUGCUCAUUGGGU